AUGGAGCCAAACACCGUCGCGUGCGAGGCUCUCGGCAUCUCCUUUGCAUCUCGUGAGGUGGACGAGACCAUGUGCUACAGUCGCGGCGACACAAUGUGGCCGCGUGAUAUCUACCGCGACAUCGCAGACGGCUUCUCGCACUUCACCUACGUCAGGAGUCGCGCGUGCAUGGUGGCACACGGGUUCGUGCGCAGCGACGGAUAUCUGCUAGAUCCUCUGUUUCACACGACUGACAGUGAGCGGUUCCCCAUGGGCGAUGGAGGGAGGAGCGCUAUGGAGGACUGGGCCAAGCGGCAUCGGUGCGGUGACACCUGCCGCGCCCUCGGCAUCUCCAACAACGACGGUGAGUGCAUCAAAAACUCUGCCGCCUGUGCCAACCCACUCGACGCGGAGGAGAACCACUAUACCGAUUACCUGCGGAGCGUUCGUCAAAUGCGAGUGAUGGUGCACAUGGACGCGGCGCAGUUCUUGAACGACAAGAAGGAUUCUGCCGUUGACACCGUCUCGGAGAGCUCUGAUUUUACGCCUACAAUGGCCGCCCUUCAGCCGGCGCCAGUUUCGUCUGUCCCACUCAAGGUGACCUGCGAUGCCGUGAAGUACGUCUUCCUGCCUACUCACGCCAAGUGGAUGGAGGUCCCGAUGCGACUUUCCGUAUCCGCGUCAGCGUUGCCGGAUACCGUGACCGACAGGUAUGCCUUCUUCGCCAUCGAGGAGGAGCGUGAGGGCGGGCGGCCGGUGCCGAUGCGUGCGCGCUUCAUUCUGCGGCCCGGCGCGCGUGAUGCGGACUACCACCACGUCGGCGACGCCUACUGUGUGUGCGUGACCCUGGGACAGGUCUUCCGCGAGUACCGCGCGAACAACGUGCUGGACCGAGACCUCGAUUUCUGUGCUGCCUACACGGUGCGUGUGCCACAGGCCAACAUCCCGGACUGCAUCAAGGCAGCCGUGCCCGACUCCGACUUCUUUGCUCGCACCACCGCAGACUCCGGCGAUGUGAUGUUCGUAGCUGAGCCGGAGUUUCAGCCCUUCUCUCCGCAAUGCUCACCGAAUGCCGACGGCGUGACGAAGGACGCCGAAGGCUUCGACGACCUCGUGCUGCGCCACGUUGUCGACGCCUUUUCGCACUUCACGUUGCACAAGUCGGGCAAUCAUUUGUUAGUGUGCCACUUCAAGUGUAAGGACGGUCUCCUCAUGCACCCAAAUGUCAACACUUCCAGCGGUUGCGGGUUCGAGACGCUCAACGACGGCCAGGCUGGCAUCGACGCCUGGGCGCGGACGCACAAGUGCAACGACUUGUGCAAACUUCUGGGGAUGGAGCCGCUGCCGCGGCAGUUGAAGCUAUACAACAUUUCUUCGUCUCCGUUGAUGCGGUUCAUCAGUCAUGUUCAGGAGCACCAGGUGAGUUCCGACAAGAUGCUCGAGUUUGCGUCACCAUCGCGCAGGAUAUCGGACGUAAUGCUGCCAGGGGCGUCUGACACGGUUGUCAGUCAGUCGGAGACGGCGUGUGCGAGCACUUCGGCCACUGCAUCGACAGCGGCUGUCGCCGUCGCCUCCUUUGUGCGACCAAUCCCACCGAGCUCGCAGGAAGCCGUGCUCCGCCCGUGGGUGAAGCGGAGCUGGAAGCACAGUGCUGCAUGCGCGAAGGAGAGUGCAGGGCAGCGCCGCACACUGACGCAGCGGGAGCUGUUGCGCCUCCAGUCGAAGGGAAUCGCUACAACGUACAUCAUUCCCGCUACGCGCUACGACCUUAACAUCGGCGACUUGACGUGGACGCCCAAGCGCGUCUUUGUGCGCAUCGUUAACCCGGAGCGUGGCAUCGGUCAGGGUGGCAUGCGUGUGUGCUUUGAGAUCACAAACGUGGACCCGGAGGCCUGCGAGGAAUCCGUGAUGGUGGCAAAGAUGUACCGCCGCACAAUCAAGAAUGUGGUGGAAAAGGACUACUUUACGAGUGUGACGGUGCAGAAGCUGUCGUCGCUCUUCGCGAAGGACUUCAACACAGAGAGGAACGAGGAUUGUCCUUUGCGCCUGAAUGUGCUGGAUGGCGCCGUCAUCGCCUUGGACCGUGCAGACUUGUCGCCGGAACUGCUCGCCAAGCGCACGGGCUUCUUCUCCUAUCGCACCGAGGACACGGAGCGGGUGAUGUUCUGCGUCGAGGAGAAGCUGCUUGGUCGUUUUACCAAGUACAACGGUAACAUGGGCGAAGCCUACCCCACGAAUGAAUGCCGUCUCAGUCCGCAUGCCGCCCGCGAGCGCACCAUGGUCUUCGAGGCGGUGGAGGCGCUCUCGCACUAUUCCCUGGAGAGGAGUGAGGGUGGCUUGCUCGUCUGCGACAUGCAGGGCGUGAGGAACAAUUUGACGGACCUGGAGAUGCACUCCUACGAUGGCCAGGGCCUGGACAUGGGCAACUUUGGCGCCCGCGGCAUCCAAAAGUUCGCGCUGCGCCACCGCUGCACCGGCGUAUGCAAGAGUCUCAACCUCCACAGCUUGCGCGACAGGCACUUCACCGUGACAGAUGAUGUGAAGACGAAGAACCGAUUUGUUGCCCUUUUCGAGCGCAUCAAGGUGAUUGGCAGCAUGGAGGAGUAA